UGCCAGUGUCCUGGAACGCGCACCGCCAGGAGUCCUCAGCUGCUCCUUCGACUGAAGUCUAAUGAGUGUGACAGCAGCGGAAAUUGAAUAUUGAGUGUAGCCAAGCGGAUGCAACAGGAAAUCACAUUAACCGUAGUCGCAGCAGAAGCAGCAGUAGAAUCAGCAGCAUCAGCAUCAGCAGCAUCCUUUUGUCAUUAUCCCUGCGGCUGCAAAAGGUAUAGGAAGGAAGAGCUAAAACGGAAGUCUUAGACGUAAUGCCUUACGACUUACUGGCUGCCUAGCAUGGGCUGCUCCAGUUCCAAGUCCAACCCAACGAUAGACGACACUAAAGGCCCCGUGUCGGCCAAGUCGAACAGAAUGGCCAGCAAUAAGGAAUACCCUGCCUCGGAGGCCUUUACCAUUCCGCUUGACACAGAACAGCAGCCGGAGAUGCCUCUCAACGAGACCUUGAGACAGCCACCCAAGCGCAUUCAGCAGCUAAUGCAGGAGGCGGCCCACUCGGAGCCGCCCACGCUCGAGGAGCUGGAGGACAAGCAGCAGAAGGCGGAGCAGAGGCGCCAGGAGUUGAUGCAACAGAAGCUGGAAGCCAUCCAAAAGAAUGUUCAGAUACUGAUGCGAGGACAGAGCGAUGGAGACGGCCAUGGAGAGGCGAAUACAAAGUAAAACCCGAAUAUUUCCAACCAGCACUCUGCUUAGGAAAGGAAGGAUUUUGUCAGCCUGCUUUUCAUUCACAUGUUUUAUUGUUAGCUUUAAUUCAUAUAUGUAUUACUAUAUAUCAUAGUGUAUUUCCAAACAAUUAGAUUGUAUGCAAUUAAACCUCCACUCCACUUUACUUCACUCCACUCCCCUCCAAUCUCAUCAUCAAAACGCGUCCUACUCGUACUGUAAUCCUCUUACUAUAUAUUUGUAUGUACUUCAAUCUGUUCGUCGUAGUCAAAAGGUUAUCUAUAUGUAUGUAUUUAUGUAUAUAUACUCGUAUUAGGUUGGUUUGCUCGAUUGGUGUUUUGGUUUUGCUGAGAUAUACGUUAAUCGUACUACAUAUGCUUCAUUUGGAUGUGCGUGUGGUUGUAAAUCAUGUCUUUUGGGUUUGUAGUUGGUUUACUUGGUUUGGUUGCCAGGCUAAACUCCAUAUUUAUAUAUAGCUAUACUCGUAUGUAUAUAGUAUAAUAUAUCGUAUCGUAUCGUUAGGUAUAAAUACGCACGUCUUGUGCCGCAGAGACUACAAAUGUUGCUUUGAUUUCAGCUUGAUUUCGCCUCCAGAGGCCUCCGACAAUUUGUUAGAUCAUUCGAUUAGUUAGCUACACACUCAUAAAAAGGGUUUCGAUCCGGGCGUACCGAUUAUCUUUUGCUUAGACUGUAUUUUUCUAUUUUUGUAUUUUAUUCUCUCAUAUGCUUUUAAUAUGCUUGCAAUUUUAGUUGGAGUUACUUGAUUUGGUGCAUUUCGAAGAUACUUCGGAUUUAAGAACUAUGUCGAUCGAUUCGGCCAUGCCGCAGCAAGAUAUGUUCCUCCAGUCGAGGGAAUCCCAGCUUUAUAUGUAUAUAUGUAUGUCGACACAACCUUGUGGGCUCUCAUAAGCACUAAGUUCAUUCCAUCUCCCCGCCUGAUGCACCUUCGACUGGAGGCAUCUCUUGUCUGGUCGUGUCUAUUGCUUUGGGUUACAUUACUCUUGUUACAUUUCGCUUUUCGCUGUUGGGUUUUUUUUUCAUUAUUUAUCAGUUACAAAAAUGUUUUGUUCUUAGUUUUUGAACUAUGGUGGGUUUCGUUCUUAAAACAUACAUUGUAAUAAUCGUAAUUUAAUGCAUAUAUGUACAUAUACAUAUAUAUGUACACAUAUAUGUACGUACGUACUACUGGUUCAAUACAAAUUUUUGGUUUGCUUUCUAUGCACAUUUAUGUAUAUAAAAACUGACUUCAACCUAUCAAAAAACGAGCAGUACGAUCACAUUUCCCCCCAGCUAUAGUCCCCCCUAACAUUUCACAAAAAUUAUGAUCUAAAUGGGAACCCAACGAUGCAACCAGCCCCGCGGAACCACCAACUUCAUUUCCGUUUCCGUAUCCGUAUCCGUAGUUUGAACUUGUAUUAAAGCUUUUUUGGUUUUGGUUUUUCCCCAUUUCCCAUACUCGUAUGUGGAGGAUGACUUCUUGCAUCCAACACCUAAAGCUUACACAUGGGUAUAUUUGCCUGGUGUAUUUUAUAUAAUAUAAUUAUAAUAAUAAUAAUAAUAUAUAUGCAUGUAUGCGUGUGUAUAUACUGUAUGUUUUCCAAGUCGUAAUCCAUUAAAUUUGUAUUAAAUUCUUUGCCUGGAGCAUGUGCCUACCUAAACGCCUAACAAAUGGAAUCCGAUCCGCUCCGAUACGAACCAUCUCUUGUGUCUGAUCUGAUCAUGAUCAUCGCUCAAAUGAUUUUGGGCCUUAAGCACGAUGGGUCGAGAGGGUUGCUGAACUUAAUGGCAUAAACCUGAGGAAGCUUGGGUAUAUCUUUGGUGAGAACAUUGCUGGAGUAUAGUCCGGCGUUAAAGGAUCGUUUGAUCUUGAAAGCCUGUGGCCAAACUUACAUAGCAACCCUCCCGAAGCAGUGGUGUAUACAUAUACAUUUAUAUUCGUGUAUAUAAUCCGGGGCUAGACAUCAAAAAAUCAGUACUGCUUGUCAAUG